UCCCGUCCCGGUCCCACCGGGCAGCGGAAAACCUCUCGCCGGGGGAUGCAGAGCCCCGCGCCCCGCGGCUGAGCGGGCUCCCGGCCGGGGCUCCAUGGGCUGCACCGGCAGCGCCCUGCGCUGCUGCCCCGCCGGCGGCAAGAGACAGCUAAAAGCCCAGCAGCAGAGGGAACCGGCUUCCCAGGAGCUCACGGCCUUGAAGACAGAGAACGCCAAUGCCACCCUGUUGCCUGAGGAUGGGAAGGAGAAGGCAGCGCUGCGAGAGGAGCGGACGGAGAGCACGAGACUCCUCCAAGGCCAGGAGGAGGAGGAGAAGCGGCUGCGGGAUGCCAGCCGGGCAGGCACCGCGAGAAUCACCCAGGACAUUAACAACCAGGUGGAAAAGGGAAAAGACCUGGAGGAGCAGUUUGAUGCCCUGAGGAGAGAGCACACAGAGACCCUGCAAGAGCUCCAGAGAGCACAUGAGCAGGAGAAGGUGCUGCUGGCAGAGUCCUACCACAGGUCCCAGGCAGCCCUACAGGAGACGAUCCAGGUGCUGAAUUCCCAGCUGAAGUCCUUCCAGGAGAGGAUGAAGCGGGUGGAGGAGUCGCUCUUGAGCACAGACUACAAGAAGCACAUCCAGGAGCACGGGAGUCCCAGCCCCUUCUGGGAGCAGGAGCUGGAGAGCCUGCACUUUGUCAUCGAGAUGAAGAACGAGCACAUCCACAGCCUGGACAAGAAGCUGCUGAACCUCGAGACUGUGGUGGAGAGGAACCUUCUGCUGGAGGAGAAGGUGAAGACUCUCCAGCAGGAGAAUGAGGACCUGCAAGUUCGCACCCAGAACCACUUGGUCAUGGCGAAGCAACUGUCGGAGGAGCUCCUGGCCGCUCGCGGGGCGCUGGAGAAGGAGGCACAGCUGCGGGAGCAGGCUCGCCGCGAGAAAGAAGAGCUGCUGUACCGCGUGCUCAACGGGGGGGACGGUACCCCCUUCCCCAUCGCCGCCAGCGAGGUGCCCCUCAUCGCCACGUAGCACGCCGCCGACCGGCACUGCGCGCUGCCGGGGGGGCUGUCGGGGCUUUCCUCCGGGCGCGUGAGCCCAGGGCUGCUCUCACAAGUGCCCCCGCUACCGGGGCAGGCCCCCGGGACAUCCCCAUCCGACCGGGGUGAUGGAGCGUUUCACAGGACACUUGCGCUUGCCUUUCCCCAGCCUGCGUAGGGCUGCAGGGGGACUCCGGCCACCCCCCUGUGCCAUCCCUGCAACCCCUUCCUCUGGUGGGAUGCUGUGGGGGGCUUUUGGGGGGUAAAAGGGGUCAGCCAGGACAGGCGGACAUGCAUUGGGCUGGAUCCAACCCAACGCUUGGCUCUGAGCGCAACCAGCGUCAGGGCUGCCCGAGGGAGCGAGGCGAGGAAGAGGAGGUGGUCAUUGGGAUGGGGAUGAGCACCAGGAGGAUGAGGAGGGUGCUGCGGACAUGGUGGUGUUAAGGUACCUUGCUCCCUGGGGAGCAUCCCUGGGAAACGGGUGGCCAAACCCAGGGCUGAGCCACAGAGGCUUUCAUGGGGCAGCAGCAAAGAGCAGGAGGGACAGGUGCCGUUGGGUAUAUCUGCCACCUCCAGUGCUGCCCUUGCUGUAAGUCACAUCAACCUGUCCCAUUUUGGGGCUUGGCCUCCUGCUCAGACUGCUGUGAGCCAAUACCACCCAUUCCUGCCAUUUCCAGUGAAAGCAGGGCUUCCCCUGCCUGCAACCUGCCUCGCUCCCUGGGGAGGAGGGCCAGGCAGGACUCCCACCCAUGCCUUCCUCUCCGCAUCACCUCCUCCAUCUUCAGCAAACAGCUCCCAGGGAUCGCUCCUGCAGCCCAGGUGUGCCCCCACUCACUACCACAGAGUUGCCAAGCCCUUCUUGUCCCCGCUGCCCAUCAGUAGCACCAUCAGCCCCAUCUUGUCCCCCAAAACCAGGCAGAGAGUGCAUGCCCAGAGGUGCAUUCGGGGAGCAGAGCAUCCUCCCAAGGGAGAGCGGCUUCAGCAGCAGCUGCCAGCAGGUCACAUCCCUCCCUGUUCUGAGCCAGUACAUCCCCAUCGGGGAAGAUGCUGCCAGCAUGGCUGUGGGUCAGGGCUAGAUACACACAAGCACUUUCCACUGGGUGCACAAGUGUGGUGGGACGGUCACUGCUCCGGGGGUUGUCACUGGCCUGUCCCCUCCCCAGGGCUGUUUAGCCAGCGGGUGUGUGUGUAAGUGUAUGUGUGUGCACCAGGCCAACGUGCUACUGGCUGUAACAAUUACAAGUUUAUAAGAAGCAGCAGCCUCAAGAAUCCCAUGUCAGUGGUUUUGGGGACCGGUGCAGGAACAUCUCACAGCAGGGCUGUGUGCUCCGCACCUAGGGCAGGGGGAAGAUGAGGGUGGGUGGGAGCAGGCGCCACGAAGCUACAACAAGGGAACCCCAGGGGAGACCCCUGCUGCCGGUCCCCCUUUCCUGCUCCUUCCCUCGUUUCAUUCAUUUCAAUGGGCUCCCAGCACAGGGCAGACCCCGACCCUCCCAGCCCUGCCAAGCUGGCGGGGCCACUGCAACAGCCGCUUCCAUCCUUUGUUCCAAUCCUUAUCGGGAAAAUAUCGGCUAAACGAGGCAGCUAGGAAGGCAACACAGAUGCAGGGUCCAGCUCUCAACCAAGAACCUCCAUGGGGUGCCCAGAGUGGGAAAAGGGGGUGCCUGAUGAUUAGACCCAUGUGCCCCCAAGCCAACCACUGCUCUGUGCAUCCCCAUGGCUCUGAGGACGGGUGGUGGGACAGCCUCCAGCUUUGCGCAGCAACCUCAGGGAUGUGGAGGAAUGCACCAGGUGGUGUAGCACCAAAGCAGGGGUCGUGGGGCAGGUUGCUGCCCCAGCAAAUCCUGCCUAGCUGUAGUUGAAGGGAGCAGGAUGGCUAGGCAAAGGGAGAAGAGGCUGGCAGGGUCAGGCAUCCUGCUCCAAGCACCUGGUACUGCAUCCCACUCCCCCUGAAGGCGCAUGCUGCGUGGGACCCAGAGGAAUGUGCCCAGCUCUGGGAAAGGGGAGUGCUGGGAACCGAGGAGGAGGAAUAAAUGAAUCCAGAAAAGGACUUGACUUACCCACAGUAAGGAGGAAAAAGCCCAGCACAGGCAGUGCCUGCGUGGUCACAGGGGGACAGGCAGGUCAGCCCUGCCUGCCUUCGGGUGCCGAGGCAACAUGAAGGGUCAGAGCAGCACGAGAAGCCUCCACUCCGUUCUGCUGUGAG